UGGCAGGGAGCUCCCUGGGAACUGCAGUUGCUCACAAGGAUCCCUUAGCGUUCAGGGAAGACAGUGUAUGAGGCGUUUUCCUUCUUCUUUCAAAGCCACUGCUCUGAAAAAUGGGCCUGAGCUCUUCCAAGGCACAUCCCAAGGUGACAAAAGUUGCACCGAUGCACACUAGGGAGAACCUUCCUGCUCUCGCCACCCCAUACCGGCUCCCCUGCAUGCCAGGAGAGCUCAGCCUGCACCCGCCAGCUGCAAUGGAGCGGAGAAAACCUACAUUUCACCAGCAACUUCCACCUCUCCGGGAUACUUGGUAUGGGAGAGCUUCUGCAGGGCCCCUUUCUUUCAACACCAUACCAGAAGGAGGAGAAACCAGCAUCAUUAAACAACAUCCACCUCAAAGACCUCAAAGGCUUGAACCUAUUGGCCUUCCACAAGCAAUUGCUCCUGCGAAGCCCUGGAGUCAGCAAGAAGUGGCUGCAAGCCCAAAAAAGAAGGCUCUCGAGAAGAGGGGGCAGAGCCCAAGACACCUCCCUGGCAGGCGGCAGCACUUGCACAAACUGCAGAUGCUGGACUUGACCCGCAGGCGCCAAGAGGCAGAGCUGAAGCGAAAUCUCCACAGGGAGGCAAGAAUCAAUAAACAAAAAAUCAAGGAAUUCAGCCCGAAGAAAGUCCUUGACAUUCUCCAGCCAGGCAAUGGCAUUGAACAUCGAGACCUCAUCCCUGCUGAGCACAAUCAGUGUUUUCAUGGAGGUGACCGUGGAGACACAAGGAGUGGAGGACCCUCCAGUCAACAUGAUGGGGCUGAACUCUCUCUGAGUGGAAGCAGGAAGGUUGGCCUGUGGUUCUGCAGGAAGCCACGGACAAGGGAUCUCUUCUGGGACACCUCCAGCACAGGCUCUGAGGAAUGGGAAAGAGAAGAGAAGAUUGACCGCAAACCUACGCUUGUGAGAACGAAGACAGAGAGAGUUUCUCUCUUUGAUGACUUCUUUGAUAAGGAUUUCUACUAGCAUGGCUUGGAAGGAGAGGGAGUGCUGAAGUAAGAAGCCACAGCUCCGGGAGGCUGAACCCCCAGAGAUGGAUGGACGGAGGGUGGACACAUGAUGUUUGUAGUAAGUGGCAUUUCUAGGAGUAAAGGCUGCUGGAAAGGCCAUCUGGAAAUGAGGAGAUGACUGAUGAGGAGUGAAUGACUGAUGUGGAAUGAAUAACGACUGUUUGGAUUAUGUGGCUGAAUCAAAAUAUCUGGGUAAAAUAAUAGCUUGGUUUGAGCAACAAUGAAGUAGGGAUAGAGGGAGAAGGAGGAAACUGGCAAAAAAACCAAGCAGAAGCUGGAAAAUAUUCUGGAUUAACACCAAAUAUUAAGUUCCAGCUGAAAAGAAUUUUUUUGCUUGUCUUUGGGUUACUCAACCUUUCUGUUUAACUUGGUUUUAAUCUUAUAUAUUUUUCUAAACCACAAAAACCCCAGUUCAAAAUGCAGGGUAAAAUGAUUCAUUUAGGAAAUCUUUAAAAUAAAUAUUCUGGCAUUUCUAAAAUUCCUUUCUGACUUUUUUUUUUUUUUUUUUAAACUUCCUCUCCUCCCCUGCCCUGGACACCGAAAUACGUAGACUUUCUUCAGCACUAACCUCCAGUUUUCCAGUUAAUCCUCUAAAAAGCUGGCUUUUGUUCACUUGCCUCUGGUGUUCAGGGUUCCGUGCCGCACAGUGAGGAGUGGAAACUGAGGGAUCUCCAGCAUCUCCUGCAGAUACGUAUCCUGGUGGUGCCGUGUGCCGGUCGAGGCUGCUGCAUCCACCAGGAAUUUGAUCAGACUGCCCUGUUGCAACCUGACAUUUCCAAGCAUAUUGAAGAAGAGAGCUAUAUGAAAAGAGCCAGAUUCAUCAGAGAGAUAAAUGCAGUUCCCGGUUUUCCUAAACUGUAUUUUUUUUCAUGAAAUCAUGCAUAUUUCCUUAUGAAAUUGUUUGUUAUCUGAGAGAGAGAACUUCACACAGUUCUCCUGGUUAUCUUUGUAAGUCUGUAAAGGUCACUGCAGUAAAAGUGCAUCAGCGUUGUGGAACGCAGUAAGUGAUUCAAGUAUAUAUAUAAAAUUAUUUCCUGGGAUUUCAGUUGUACAUCUUACAGUGUGACAAACUGAAUAUGGAGGGCACCAGUGCUACGCAUGGGAGGGGAAGAGAGUCCACCACCAGCCGUGGCCCUGAGAAGAAGACCUGACCAAUUCCCUGCAUCGAUUCUACCUCUGUUUGAAGUCGCAGAGCUGACGAAGGACAUUAACUCUUCCUUGUACCUCCUGCUUGACUCCUUGGUUUACUUUCCACUUGGUAUCUCUAAGACCUACACAAAGGUAAGACAUCUUCAAAUCAGCUCAGUGGCACAGCAGUAAAAAAUAUGGUUAUCAUCACAGUGACUUUAAUUUCCUUCAGAAGGAAUUCUUAUCUUCUUAGUUUUCAAGCCAGGACAUCCAGAACAACUAGAUUUGGAGUCAGUUCUCAAUUACCCAGGGCGGUGGCAGGGCUUGGGUAGCUCAGGACAGAUGAAGCAUGUCCUGCAUCGCUAUCUGGAACCUGCAGCACCUCCCACAAAGCUGUUUCGGAUGUGUCUGUGCUGCAUCCUCUGCUUCCUGGAUUACAUAGCCAGAAAAAGAGCAGGAGACACAUUUUUACACAUAUUCAGUGGAAUUAGACACCCAUGGCUGACUCAGUUUAAAUGGUAUUUUGCUAUUUGUCUCUCUCAGGCUUUAUUAAAAAUCCCAGGCAAAACAGGAGCUGGAAAAAACACAGCCAAAGCUCAAAAUCAAAGCUGGAGCCUUCAGCACAGCUGCCCAGAACUGAGCUUCUCUGUCCUGCUUUCACCUUUCUCUCUUUUUCGCCAUUCCUAAAUGCGUAGCCCAUGGCAGCGCGUCUACACGCUUCACAGAGAAAAGUCCUCUUUGGAGAAAGGCCACACGCCAGGCGUGAUUUUAAUAAAAAGCCAAGAACGCAAACCACAACACAGAGAAGGAGGAAGAAGAGACUGAUUUUCAUGAGAAAGAAGAACUACUUGUGGGUAACGUGUCUGGAAUCUGUGUGCUUUAAAGACAGGCAAAUUUUGCAGAUAAACACGGUCAUCAUGUGUGAGCUGGAAAUAUCGUGAGAGCUUUGAAUUUGAUGCUGAGGUUGUGCUGAAAAGGUCAAUGAUUUAAUGGGCUGGAACAAUUAAUCUGGCACUUGUCUAUACACCUGUCCGCCUAAUGAUGUGACACAUCUCCCUUCUGUGUUCCCAUCUGUCAACAAUUAAACUAUAAUUGGUAGAAAUGCAAUUUAUCUCAGAUAGAGCUGAUUAGUUUUCCAAUAAUCAUGUUGCCAGCAUUGGGGAAGAGUGCUGCCCACGGAGAAAAGCGUGUGGACCAGUCGAUCCAUAUCACAGACUGUGCGAAGAAGAGACUCUGAGCAUUAAUUUAUCAACUCACAGUGUGCAAAAUUUGUUCUUACGGAGGCGAUAAAAUCAGCAAACCUGCUUCCUACUUCUGGUGCUCAAAAUUGCUCGACUGUGCUGCUCUUGAUUGUAUUAAUUCAUCAUAACCUGUAGAGAAGCAGACAGCAACUCAUCUUCUUCUCAUGUUUUCUAACAUCCUUUCAGAGUCUGGAAAUGAAAUGUUUUCUUUGUUACUAAAUGUGAAACCUAGACUUUUCUAUAAAUUAUAGAAGAUGGGAAAAAAAAAAAAAAGCAACCCACAACGUGUAUGCUGCAACGCAGCAAGGAAGGUUUUACAAAGAUGUUUUUCUCUGAAGAGCUCCCGAAUCCAAAUGCUCGCUAUUAGCUCAUAGUUUGAAGGCUGAGUCAUCGCAGUCAACUACGAAGAGGAUGAAACUUGCCACUCAACACAACUGAGCACACAAGGCUUCAGUCCAAGUCACGCAGCACAGAAACCAGUGCCUGUGUUUUAGCAAAGCCGCUCGCCUUGACCCUGGUGUGCAUCCUGACUGGCAGGCGCUCAUCCCGGAUGAGUUUUAAAGGAUAAUGAGAAAACUUGUGUGGGGUUUGAUUUUGACGAUAUGGAACAAGGCAUAGUCAGAGGAGGAAGACCCAAGAGGGAAGGUUUCAGAGCAAAGGAAUGGGAUUUGUCUGACCUAGUUCCAACAAUCGAAGGGCUGUGAAGCUGAUAUAAAACAAUCACCUACUCUCUUUAUAGCUGAGAGCACAAAAGGAGAAGUAAGGGGCAUCCCCAGAGGGUGACGUUUCCCUAAUCCAUCCUGGGAUGGUGUUGGUUAACUGCUACCUUAAAAGGUGUUUCUGUAUAUCACUCAGCCACCCAGCUUUGAAGCAAGGCUGGACCCAUCCUACAGGUUAAACUUGUCUCCACAUAGAUUCACAGUCUCAUAGAAUAGUUUGGGUUGGAAGGGACCUUAAAGCCCACCCAAUUCCAACACCCCUGCCAUGGGCAGGGACAACUCCCACUGGAUCAGGUUGCUCAAAGCCUCAUCCAAGCAAGUUUUGAACAUCUCCAGGGAUGGGGCAGCCACCACUUCUCUGGGCUGGUCAUGGAUAGGAGCUGUGCUGAGGCAGGGGCUGCUCAGACCAGGCGCAGCACCUUCAGAGAAUUCAUGUUUUCACCCAUACAACAAAGAAUGGAGAUUUUAUACAGUUAAUGAUGUGACUACCGGUACCAGCAAAUGGCAAAGCCCUGAAGAAAGGGGAGAUGUCGAUCAGAUAAAUUCCUGCCCCAAAGCACAUGGUGAAAUGGUUAUAGGAUGAUUUUGGUGGUGGUAUGAACACGGUCAGAGCAAUCCAAGUUCCUCCAGCCCAGGAUUAGCUGAACCAGUUUUGCUGAAAUGUUAAAAUAAAAUCAGAAGGCUCAGCCUGAAGCAGACAAUUGGGGAAAGCCAGCACCAGCGGUUAACGUCUGGCAAAGUCACUAGGAAUUAAACAUACAGCCUAUAAGAGGAAAUGCCGAUGAACCUUACCUCUCUAUCUACAAAAGCAGGAAGGUAUUUAAGAGACCUUGCAGCAAGGGUUGCUGUAAUAUCUUUGUUAUUGUUUCUGAGCAGAAUAAUUAUCUACUUGCACUUAUUAAAAAGAAGUAUUAGGUAAACAGAGUUAAACAAAGCCACGAUGUUACAGGAUUUCAUCGAGUAGUUCCUGGGCUCUGCCCUACCUGAUGCUCAGAGUGUUUGACCUCCUCAGGAAAGCAAGUUUUCAGCAUCAUGCAAUGCCCUCCUUUCUCCAACACAGGCACACAUUCAAAAGCAGAACAAACGCCAUCAUCAAAGGUAGUGGGAUGUAUUCACUAACCUUAUUACAGCCUUCAUCUGCCCUGCCUCACUGGAAGGUGUGUGACAAGCAACUGGGAUUGCUUCAAUCUGCUUACACAAAGCCACGAGAGAAAAGCACCCAAGAGCAUUGACUUGAGCAGCUCUGUUUCAGGCUGUACAUGGAGAUUAAAGUAUUACCACCAGCUUGAAAAAUAUCAUCCUUGGCACUUUUUUGUUUGCCUAACUAGGUAUCCUCGGACUGUGUUGUGAUAGCACAGCCCUAAAUCUGCUGUUUUCCAAUGCUGGAAACAAUAAUUAAGUAUUUUCCAUCUUUCUUUGUAUAAUUCCUGAGCAAAGUAAAGAGAUGGCACAAGGGUCCCCUAAUGAAUUAAGAGUAGGGAAGCAGCUCCAGUUUCUUUUCUGAGCCUCUUUGCCUGCUCCAGACAUGGGAUGUUGCCCUUUCUGGGAUGUCCCCUCACUCCCAGGAGUGUUGGUACAGGGACCUCUGGCAACACAAUGUGCCUCCACUGACGGAACAGAGCUGCCCACACACACCUCCUGUUCUUGCAGGAGUAGGAAAAAUGUUUAUUUCUUGCUUGGCACAAGGGUUGUAGCUUUUUGCCACCUACUGACAUGUUGUGGGAAUGGCUCAUGCCGUGAAUUCCUGCAGAAAGUCUUAAUUGUGCACUGGGUCUGGGUGACAGUGGAUCCAGCAUCAGCUGAGCAGUCCACAAAAAUGAAAGUAAAGAGUAUAUGCAGCACUUGCCACUCUGACAGGAGAGCAACAUGUAUUUGAUUGGCUGCUCCUUGCUAUAAUUCCCUCCUUGCCCUAUGCCUUGAGCACUUGCUUCAUUCUGCCGGUGAGUGAGAACAUGGGAGAAAUCAUGCAUCUUACUUUCAAAACAAAGCCUUGGCUUCUUCCUCUUCUAUCUUUCCCCCAGUUCAUCUGUUUUUCCCCACUUCACUUCCCCCUAAAGUGUCUGCCUGGCUUUGGCCCUCACCCAAGGACCUUCCUUCUUCCUUAGCUCCACUGAGGGCUCCUGAUCAGAGGACAGAAGGUCUCUGCAGGACCCCGUGCACUGCUUAAGCUUCAUUUAAAUCCUGUUUUGGUGGCUUAAGCAAUGCACAAAACAGUACUAAUUCAUUGCUCAGAGUGGACUUCACCCUGCGUGAGGGCACCAGACAUAUGUCUGCGUGUCCUGCUUAAGAUGAUGAAUGAGGUGUCUUCUCUGCAGCAGCAGUUUUAACACGGCUCUCAUAACCUCCUAGACUUUCAGAGAAGCUCAGCUAAGGAAUCCUUCACCUUCUCAGAACUUCUCUCAUUUUGGUCUGUGUGGCUUUCUUCUCCCUCACUCUCACUGCAGAGUGCUUUGCUGACCUACACUCGAAGUGAUGGUGUAGAGCAGAAACCUGUUAUACUGCUGAUCCAGCCUUGAAUUUCCUUGUUCCUCCUAAGUCAUCCUGAGACAAUGCAGAUGCCUGUGCUGGCAUUACCUGGUGGCCCAGGCAGAACGCAACCCAUUUAAUCAAACCAGGUUUUAUGCAGCAUGUGAGUCAACAUCCCAAAUUACUUUAUUAGCUUGGUAUUAAAUUAAAAUGCUAGGUAACCACUGUUCUAGGAGGAAAGAGGAGCAAGAAAGCGUCUGUUUUGCAGUCACCCCUUGGAGAAACCACUUUUCAUUAAAUGUGGAGGUGGUGAGGCCCUGGCCCAGGUUGCCCAGAGAAGUCUUGGCUGCCCCAUCCCUGGAGGUGUUCAAGGCCAGGUUGGAUGGGGCUUGAAGCAACCUGAUCCCGUAGGAGGUGUCCCUGUCUAUGGCAGGGGAACAUGGAACUGGAUGGGCUUUAAGGUCCCUUCCAACCCAAACCAUUCUAUAAUUCUGGUUGUGAUAUGAUCAAGGUCUUGCCCCUCGCUGGUAGCCACUUGGUCUCAGUCACAAACACCACCCAAAAGCAAUCAGUGUGGUUCACAACUUACUGCUGCGCUGAAAAUGAAAAAGCUGAGCUUAAAAUCCAGGCAGUCCUUCUGUUUAACACACAAAUCACUUCCUUCAGUUUAGCUGAGCUGACCUAAAAAUACAGCUUUUUGCCACACAAAGCCUCCCUUGUGAGCCUUGCUGCAGUCGAUUUUUCUUACAGGGCUUCUCUGUCUUGAAAAAAAAGUUACUGAAACUUCAUUUCCAUAUAUUGCACUAAAUGGUUACUGAGUCCAUUAACGCUUCGGUGUGAUGGGGGUUGAUAAAAUAACAUGCUUAGAGCUUUCACGUCAGGCGGAGUAUUAGCAUACAGUGCUGAUGUGGGUCUGGAUGUCUUUCCAAACUUGAAUUUUGAGCAAAAUUUAUUUUGUUAAAAAUGCAUCUAUAUCUUGGCAAAAAAAUAUUUUAAAAAAUUUGCACUUUUCCCUGAGAACUUCAAAAAAAAAAAGCAAAAUAAGCUUAAGAGUAAGGCUUUCAUUUGGGGUUUGUCUCUGGUUUUGAUUUAUUGAAAUCCCUGUUUUCAGCCACAACAAGUUAUUGUCGCUAUUUUUGCAAAGCUGAUUUGUAACAAUGAUCUGGCUAGAUGUAGCUAAAAAUAGUCACAAGAAAAUGUGGAACAAAGUAUUGUGCUCAAGCUAGAGCCAAAAAAAUCUAGGAUCUUCAAUCUUUAAAACCAGUUUUUGCAGCAACCCUUGCUUUCCACCUCUAUUUUGAAUUUUCUCAUUCCCAAGGCUCUCCGGGUCCACUUCGCUGCUGUGAGCAGAAGGGCUGGAAAUGGCCAUAAAGCAAAAAAUAUUAAAAUCCUCCUGCAGACCCUAAAUCUUUUUUUGCUGAAGGAUUACCUGCUAAAACCAAAUUGCCCAGUCCCCCUUUGAAGCCAAGGAUGAGGAGCUGGGAGCAGCUCAACGCUGCUCUGGAUUUUGCUAACCACUUCCUUCAUCCUUUGGGCACGUUGAGUUGCUCUGCCCUCGUUUACUUUUUCUUUCUCCUCCCUCCCGUCUUUCAAAAGAAGAUGAUACUUAAUGAACAACCUGCAGGGAUCUUGCGCAGCUCUGUUAACGUUCGGAAAUUGCUUUGAAAGCAGCCAGCUUUGUGCAGUUUCUAAGGAUGAGGGGCUCCUCCCUUUCUGACUCUGUUGCACCCACACACCGCUCUGGGGGUUGAAAGUGGAUGAUCUUGAAGGCCCCUUCCAACCCAACCCAAUCCAUGAUUCUACGACUAUACUUUUGGUCCCAGGAGCGCACUUCUACCUCCCCACAGUGGGGUCUGGUCCUGCCUGGACGUUUGCAGCACCUCAUACCACAGCACCGACUCUUGCAUUGUAACAAGUGGAGCGCUUUUUCCACACUUAGGGAACCAGAUUGCUCAUUGAUACCUAAUAUACAAGGAUUGCUUCGGACAGAGAUGAAAGAAGCUAUCACUUAGAGGAAGAGCGUGAUGAGGAGGUAAAGCCGCUGUGUUUUGUUGGAGACCCGGACAGCUGCUGUUCAAAACUUAGGGUAUACGGGGCUGUAGGCACCCCCAGCUUCUCUUUCACCAGCCAGUUGCUCAGUGCUCCGACUAUUUUCUAAGCUCUGCUCUAUUUUCUUCCUUUCCACCUUCCUGUAACACAAGCUUCUGUCUGAGCUCCUUGUCCUUGGUGCAGCCAAUGUGAGGUUUUCCUCUCUCACAGCUUAGGAUGGCUGAGAAAACAGCCGGGCACCCAAAUAUGCAGUUAGGCAAAGGAAAGGGGCUCUGCAGGACUCGGAAACACUUCAGUCUCUUUGGGCUUUUCCUCCAAGACAGUGAUGCUGAGAUAGUUUUAUUAGUUCCCUUCUCACAAUUUCCAUCACUCUUAAAGACCUC